CCCCCGCGUUCGUGAAGGCGUGCACGGGAAAAGCUGGUCGGUUUGGCAAAUGCCUUGACCGCUACAUUGCCGACAUGUCAGCUUGGGCUGAUCCUCACAAGGGCAAUGGCUGGAUCCCGUCUCACAGAGGUGAAUACAUUUACGAGUUUGGUAUGGACGAGGCAAAAGCCUUCCUUCAGUCCAAUGGCCUGAAAGGCAUCUUCCGUGGCCACGAACAAGUGCAGAAAGGCCACACAAGCAUGGUCUAUGAUGGAUACUACGUGACGACGGUCUUCUCUGCUGCAGACUACGUUGGCACUUUUUGCAGGGGCCAAGAACCUCCAUGGAUGUUCGGUGCAGCUGGUGAAGGCAAUUCCGGCGCCUUUGUGUUAGUGGACUUGACUGAUGGCACAGUGACCCAUCAAGCGAUGUCCGGAUCAAAGACAAGAGCCUUAGCUGCUCAGUUCACAGGGGCAAAGUGCCACGGGAGUUGGUUGGAAACAGGAUCCCACCAAUCCAGAAGCAUUGAGAGUUUCAUGCAGGAGAAUCACAAGCGCCUGGCUCAUGGCAACACAUCUUGCACCUUGGACCAGACGGAAGUAGACUCCUUCAAAGAAGAGGUGCGCAAGAUCUUGAGCACUUCGAAGGACCAAGCAUCUCAAGAGUUUGAGGCUCGAAAAUUGAUUGAUUUGCAGGGGGAGGCUUUGACCCAUGGCGAGUCCAUCGAGAUUUGCAGGAGCAUGAAGAAAGAUCACAUCACGCUGGAGGUGUACAAUGAGCUUCGUGGCACUGACGAAGAGAUUCUGGAGAAUGACAUCAAGGUCCGGGAGAUUGAGCUGGAGGAGAGCGAUGUUGACACUUAGCGGCUUAGCGCGAUGUAGCCGUGCGACCAUGGAUCUAGGCGCGACCGACCAUGGCGUAGGCAAGACAAACAAGUCGUGCUUCCACAGAUGCUGACAUCAUCUGACAUCCACAUGAGUGGAACCCUAUUUUUCCAAGACCCGGCAUGACAUCAGAUCUGUCUCAUGCAGCUCUCCCUUACACUUUGAUUGCAAGAGUCUUCCAUGUCAUUUGCGAUUGAGAGCUUGUUGCAAGGUUCCAGGAACCGUCGGGGCCAGCGCCCAAAAGCGGGCGGCUUCAAGGACUCCGGUCGACUACCUGGGAGGAGAUGCACGUCUGAUCCAAAAAUGAGUGCAGACCAUGGGGUCUGGGGAGUUCAAAGCGAC